AUGGAUGCUGAGACCCGCCAGAGCCCAUCCAACAUGACUCUCCUACUCUGCUUGUUACUGCUUUCCCUCUCUGGUUUUCAGGCAACUCCUCCACCUUCCUUGUUCCAGCCUCAAAUCUCAGUGUUCAAUGGACAGGGAAACCCACAGAUCCUGUGCCAGGUGCUGGGUACCCCUGCUGGUGCUCAUGUCCUGUCCUGGUACCAGCAACUUCCUGGGAAGGGGCCAACCUUUCUGCUGAGUCAGAGGGAAGGAGCUGCCCCAAGCUAUGGUCCUGGUGUGACCCCACGCUUCCUGGCUGAACUGGACCCUGAAAAGAACAGUGCCUGCCUCACUGUGGGCAAUGCCAGCCCUGCAGAUACGGGCAUUUACUACUGUGCUCUGUGGAAUGCCGGCCAGUACAUCUUUGGAGAAGGCACUCAGUUCCUCUAUCAGGCUGAGAAGCUGCCUUCAGUCCCCCACUUUCCUCAGCUGACCCUGCUCACUUCAGGCCCAGCCUCUCCUGUACUGUGUGUGGCCCAGGGGCACCAUUCAGUUUCUCUGAGGCUCUACUGGACACUGGAGGGCCAGCUCCGGAAAGGGGGAGCCGUGGAGAGCCCAAUAGAGGAUAUGGAUAACGCUGUGGUCAGCAUCCUACACCUGCCCAGCAGGGCUCUAGGAGGCACCGUGACCUGCCAGGCCCACCAUGAGGGCCAGAGCUUGGCUGCCAUGCUGAGGCUGCCUUCUUCUGAGGAGCAUGGGUGCCUGGACAGUCGGGACCAAGGGAAUGGGGUCCAGGAGGUCCAGGAUGCAUUAGUCCGGCUGGAGAGGACGCUCACCGUGGCCGGCCGCUGCUACCUGGGGCUGCUGGGGGGAGCUCAGCUCUGUGUGCUGCUGCUCCUGCUCAGUUCGCCGGCCAGGGGACGCCUCAGACCUUCUGCCGGUGUCCGCAUUCGCCGGAGGAUGAGGGGGGGGCCUGGUGCUCAGACCCUUUGGAGCUGAAGCCCUCCAUUUCUGCAGGCCUUCCUGUCCCUCUGCUCUCCCUUUUGCACUCAAAAAGUUUGUAAAUAAAUGCAACAAAACAUUAGAAAGUUGUGCUGAGGCUCCAAGGACUUGGGACCCCAGACCCCUAAAAGAGCUGACUGACCCUGGCUGGAGUACUAACUCCUACAGAAGCUCCAGGACAACCCAGACCCAACAGCCUGCCAGCCCCGGGAGUGAGGAGGAAGGGAGAGAAGUCUGUUCAUAGAACUUAGGAAAACAGGUGUGGAAAUCUGUUAUAACACGUAACUGAUAGUAAAUAAAAUAAAAGCUCUAGAACAAAGUUUCCAGGCUAAUCUUGCGCCUAGGAGGUUUUGUUUUU